GCGGGCGCGGUUGCCGUGGCAGCGCCUGCCCGAGGGAGGGCGGCGGCGCGGGGCCAGGACCCCGGCGGGCAGAGGCGGCGACGCGGCCACCCGAGAGUGUGCGGCGGGGCAGCUGAGCGGCAGGGGCCCCGCCCUGCUGGCCGGUGGGGAUGCGGGACCGGCUGCCCGACCUCACGGCGUGUAGGAAGAACGACGAUGGAGACACUGCUGUCGUCAUUGUCGAGAAGGACCAUUUCAUGGACGAUUUCUUCCACCAGGUGGAGGAGAUUCGAAGCAGCAUAGCCAGAAUUGCUCAGCACGUAGAAGAUGUGAAAAAGAACCACAGCAUCAUCCUUUCUGCUCCGAACCCAGAAGGAAAAAUCAAAGAGGAGCUGGAAGACCUGAACAAAGAGAUCAAGAAAACAGCUAACAGGAUCCGGAUCAAGCUGAAGUCUAUUGAGCAGAGUUGUGAUCAGGACGAGAAUGGGAACCGGACGUCAGUGGACCUGCGGAUACGAAGGACCCAGCACUCGGUGCUGUCACGGAAGUUUGUGGACGUCAUGACAGAAUACAAUGAAGCGCAGGUCCUGUUCCGGGAGCGAAGCAAAGGCCGCAUCCAGCGCCAGCUAGAGAUCACUGGGAGGACCACCACUGAUGAGGAGCUGGAGGAAAUGCUGGAGAGCGGGAAGCCGUCCAUCUUCAUCUCGGAUAUUAUAUCAGAUUCACAAAUUACUAGGCAAGCUCUCAAUGAGAUCGAGUCACGCCACAAGGACAUCAUGAAACUGGAGACCAGCAUCCGAGAGCUGCACGAGAUGUUCGUGGAUAUGGCCAUGUUUGUCGAGACUCAGGGUGAAAUGGUCAACAACAUCGAGAGAAAUGUGGUGAACUCUGUAGAUUACGUGGAACGCGCUAAGGAAGAGACGAAGAAAGCCAUCAAAUACCAGAGCAAGGCCAGGCGGAAAAAGUGGAUAAUUGCUGCUGUGGCGGUAGCUGUCAUUGCUGUCCUGGCUCUAAUCAUUGGCUUGUCGGUUGGCAAAUGAUUGCGUAGAUGGCGCUGGGUGCUUGCCUCUCCCUCAGGGUGGCAAAGGUGAUGUUCGUCCUCAUUUGUGUAGUCACUUUGCUUGUGAUCCUUGGAAUUAUUCUAGCAACAGCAUUGUCAUAGCAACCGCACCCCAAGAGCUCUGUGUCCUCGGAGACUCCGCCCACACCUGCAGCUUAGUCAGCAUCCUGUCCUUCCUUGGACCCCAGGGUGAGCGCCGAGCCCCAAGUGCUGAGGUUUUUAUUGGUGACGAAGAAUAAAGUGUUGCAGAGGUUUUGUACCAUGAAACACUGCCAGCGAGCCGAGUGGAUACGACAUGCCAGCCCGGAUAGCCUCGGUCUCUCUGAAGGACACCACAGAGAGUUCACAAUGGUGGCCUUGCCUCGGUAGCUUUGAAAUAGGAAUGAUUGAAGAAGUCUAACUUUUAAAGAAGAUGUCAGUGUUAAAAAUGUAUGUUGUGUUUAAUUAGGGUGUGCUCUGUGCCCUCGGCUGACAGUGCUGAUGAGGAGACUUCGUGCCGGGCCUGAUCUCCAUUCAUGUCUUGUUUGCAGAAUCAUCACAGAACUGUUUUGUAAGGCAUCUGUAAUUUUAAAUAUCUGUAAGUUAAGUUCUUUAAUAUAUUAACAUCUAAACUCCCUUUUCUAAGCUAGACACUGCCUUGUGAAGGACAAUGGGCCAGUCCCAGGCAGCCAUGUACAGAUUGCUGUUGUCACUGAAAACAUGGCCUCGCAGCCCCUCAGGGCCCUUCUUCAGUGCCUUCUGGUGACCCCGACUAGAAAGUGUGAGGGUCUGAAGAGCCUUGAGUCUCGUUAGCUCAUGGAGGUGACAAGUAUCACGUGCUGCACUCACGUUGCUCUCGUCCUUGUUCACUCGUGCUUAUGGAGCCUCAAGGCAAGGCGACAGCGAUGACAGAACCAAGAGUUGGUGCUCACUAAACUCAAGGGAAUGGUCCCAGGCACAAAGCCACUCCUGGACAGCUUCCGAAGGACCAGAUCCUCAGCCCAACACCCACCAGUACCCAGAGUCCCUAAGAAACAAUGAAGUGUGGUAUAAAGCCGUGCACUGUGAAUAGGUGGCCCAGUGACUGCGUAUCUGUCAAGACCAAGUGUGUGAAGGACACCAUGCCUAGUGAACUCUGCUGAUCGCUGACUGUGUGUGUGAGUGCUCGCUCUACCCCAGCCUCCUUUGGUGGGAUCUGAUGUAGCCAUGCCGAUUCAGAACACCAAGUGUGAGUGCUACUGAACUAUCUAGAAACCGUGAUCCUUUCAGUGGUGAGUGUGCCACACUGUCACCUCCUCACACUGCCUAGCCUGACACCCCACUUGCCGAAAGCUACUGCAGCAGGCUGGGCUGUGUGUCCUGGUCCAGAGCUAGCCUGUAGCGGAGACACUCCUGGCUGAUAGCUCACCCAUCGUGCCUGGAAGCUCACACCUCCUGUCUGGGAGCUCACACUUCCUGCCUGGGAGCUCACACUUCCUGCCUGGGAGCUCACACUUCCUGUCUGGGAGCUCACACUUCCUGUCUGGGAGCUCACACUUCUUCCUGCCUAGAAGCUCUGAAGAUGAAGCUGUGUGUGUGCAGCUCCCACCCUCUCUGCUUCUGUGCCAUCGACUUUAGCUGCAGAGGACACGCAUUCCACCCAGGCUCCCACCACCCACAGCCAGGUUUCCUUCAAGUCCACCCUGAGCCCUUGGCCUGCAAUGUGCUCACUGAGUGCUCAGGAGGCCUCUUGAUCAGGCAGGCAGUCGAAUCUGGUUUUCCAGUGAAGCAGGGGGUGUGUGGGUGAGUGAGUCAGCACUCCAGAUACAUCUCUAUGCUGACUUCAUAGCCUAUUUAAAAAUACAUAUACAGAUUCCCUUGUUACUUUUUCCAACCAUUUCUUCAAAUAUUUUGUGUUUACAUUAAAAAGUUCUCAGAGAAGCAAACAAGAAA